CAGAUCUAUCGCCAUUCACUCUCAUUCUAGUCAGAGAUAAGUGCAACGAUGGUGCAAACAUGGGUGCCUCCCGAUUUGUCUCAAGCUUGUGCGGUACACACUAAUAUCACCACCUGUCAACCCUCCACGUUUCUAUUUUUACAAUUAGUAGCGAAUCUUAUGGGAUACUCGGAAGAUGCUGAUUCUGGGAAAUUCGGGUUCGAUUAUGGGUUCAGUUCGCCGAUUGGGUUCCAAUCAGGUUUUUCGGAUUUUUCCGAUUUUGGACACCAAGGAGGGAACGUAGAAGAGUACGAUUUCAUAGUGGUUGGUGCUGGAAGUGCUGGAUGUGUUGUUGCUAACAGAUUGACUGAAAUACAUGAUUGGAAUGUUCUCUUACUAGAAGCAGGCGAUGAAGAACCGAUUGUAGCCGACGUCCCUGCAUUUGCACCAAUGUUACAAGCAUCCAGCAUUGACUGGAUGUACGCCACCCAACCUUCACCGAAAAGUUGCUUAGCAAGAGAUGAAGGAAGAUGCACCUGGGCUCGCGGUAAAGUCAUGGGAGGCUCUUCAACGAUCAAUUAUCUGAUUUACAUCAGAGGACACCCCGAAGAUUACGACGAAUGGGAAAGAAUGGGCAAUCGUGGAUGGUCUUAUAGAGACGUGCUACCUUAUUUCAUUAAAUCCGAAGAUAAUCGCGACCAUAAAGGUAUAGACCCUUAUUACCAUGGUAAAGGAGGUUACCAAACAGUUGAAAGGUUUCCUUACCAAGACCAAAACACUAUCGGAUUGUUAAAUGCUUUUAAGGAGCUAGGUUUACCUGAAUUAGAUCAAAAUUCUGAAGAACUUAUAGGUACAAUGUUAUUACAACACACAACAAGGGAUGGAGAAAGACUUAGUACUAACGGAGCUUUUAUACGACCAAUUAGAAGAAAACGAAAGAAUUUAAUAAUACAAACAAACGCACAUGUAACUAGAGUGCUAAUAGAUCCAAAAACCAAAACAGCAUACGGUGUAGAAUAUAACAGAAAAGGAAAAUUAAUUCAAGCAGUAGCUAAAAAAGAAGUAAUCCUUUCUGCAGGAUCUAUCAAUACUCCUGCGAUCCUCAUGGUAAGUGGAGUUGGACCUGCAGAUCAUCUUCAACAAUUCGGUAUAAAAGUUUUAAAAGACUCUGCUGUAGGUUUCAAUCUACAAGAUCAUACAACUAUAGAUGGCGUGGUGUUUGGAUUAACCAAUCACACUUCUACGCUUGUUAGUGAUGAACAAAUGAAAGCCGAUGUAUAUAAAUGGCAAGAAACUCGAAAUGGUCCGCUUGCUUCGACUGGUGCUUUACAAACAAACGCUUUUGUACAAACAAAAUACGAACAUAGCCAUAACCGACCAGAUAUACAAAUAUCCAUAGAUUCUGUAAAUACUGAUAACUUCUUUACUGAUCCUAUUCUUAGUUAUAACACAGCAGUUUUACCAUUAUCCUAUUACAGUGGUAUGAUGGCUAGACCAAUUUUAUUAAACCCCGAAUCAAGAGGAAGAGUUUUGCUAAACGAUACCGAUCCAGUUUAUGGAGCUCCUCUAAUUUUCGCUAACACUUUUUUCGAAGAAAUAGAUCUGUUGAGAAUGGUAGAAGGUGUAAAGCAAAGUCUUAAUCUUGAAGGAACUACUUUCUUUCAACACGUAGGUGCUAGAUUAGUCACCACUCCUUUACCAGCUUGUAAACAUAUUCAGUUUGCUACUGAUGAAUAUUGGGCUUGCAUUGCAAUGUCUUACACUACAACUAUAUUCCAUCCAGUAGGAACGUGUAAGAUGGGACCCAAAGAGGAUUCAACCGCUGUCGUUGAUCCUGAAUUGAGAGUGUAUGGUAUUAAGAAACUACGAGUGAUAGAUGCUUCGAUUAUACCGAAGAUAAUGCGGGGUAAUACAAAUGCUCCUGUUAUUAUGAUUGGAGAAAAGGGUAGUGACUAUAUUAAGAAGCAUUGGUUGAAAUAUCAGAAACAAGUUGAUUCUACGUUAAAAAAUAACCAGCAGAGUAGUAAUGUUAAUGGAUAUUUCUCAUCACAAAGUAAUAUACCGAGUAGUAAUAAAUUAAAUAAUGAUUUUAACUUUGACAAAUUUUUUGAUGCUCAUUUUAGUGUGUAAGGUUAAAAAAAAUAUGUUAAUACUUAUUGUUUAAAAGUGGAAUUUAGGGAAAUUGUGUUUGUUUUUUUAAUUUUGACAUUAUAAGGCAUGUGUUAAAGUUUUGUUAUCUAUUUUAUGAUAUUCUGCCAUUAUUUUUGCUUCCAAAUAUCAGUUACAUCAUUAAGUUCCUGCUGUUUAUGUUCCUGAUGUCACAAUUUAUACAUUAAUACUUCUAGAGCAUGCCUUAUAAAAAUUAAAACGUUAUUUUUAUGCUUUGAAAAAUUGUGUUAAAAUAAAAAAGUUUGUUUUUAAAUUAGCUGUGAAGCAGUACCUUUUAACUAUUGUGAUUUAAUAGAUAAUAUUCACCUACAUCCGAGCACUGACAGUAUAAUGAACUGCAUCAUAAGUUACCUCUGUUUUAUUGAUUUUAUAAUAAUAAUAAUUUAUUUUGUGGUCACCGUUAUGUUAACAAAUAUGUCCAUUCAAUGUAAAUAGGUACCUAUUUAACUAUUUUAAUAAUAUCUCUAUGAAAAAACAAUAUUAUAUAGUAGAUUUAAUAUCUUAUAUUAUAAUUUUCUACUUUUGUUAUUUAUAUGUACUUAGUUUUCUAUUUUGCUAGAUAUUGACAUUUUUUAAAUAAUCCUUCUAUAUAAGUUACCUAAAAUAUGUGUUCUAACAAUACCGG